AUUGCCCCGCUUGUUUUCUGCGGACUCACUGUUUCCGAACCAAGAACGCGCAUUAUGUCCUCCAACAAUACACCCCGCGAAGGAUUCGCAGACAAAGACGGACAUUUCAGACGCAAGGACUCGGCCUUCCGAAACCAGAUCUUGUCAGAUCCGGCGUCCGCUUUCCCUGCCGAGUCGGGUCGCUAUGCAUUGUAUAUCCAUGCGGGAUGCCCUUGGGCGCAUCGCACGUACAUUACCCGAGCCUUGAAAGGUUUGGGGGAUGUCAUUCAGCUCAUCGUGCUUGAUGAUGCGGAGAAGAGGGAUGAUAAGAUGUUGUGGUGCUUCAGCGGUGAGAAGAGAGACCCACUGUACGGGUUCAAGUAUCUGAAAGAGCUAUAUGAAAAGAGUGAGCCAGGGUAUGAUGGAAGGUACUUGGUGCCGACAUUAUGGGAUAAGAAACUUGAGAAGAUCGUCAAUAACGAGUCGAGCGAGAUCAUCCGGAUGAUGUACACCGAGUUUGACGCGUUUCUUCCAGAGCAUUUACGCGAGUCGACAAAGGGUGCAGAGGGGCUUUACCCACCUCAGCUGCGUUCCGAGAUUGAUGCAAUGAACCAAUGGGUUUAUGACACAAUCAACAACGGUGUCUACAAAACGGGUUUCGCGACCACUCAAGAGGCCUAUGAAGCCAAUGUGUAUCCAUUGUUCAGAUCUCUCGAUCGCGUUGAGGAACAUCUUUCUCGGCCUGGCCACCAGCCCUAUCUCUUCGGUGAGAAUAUUACGGAGGCUGAUAUUCGCCUGUACACGACGAUGAUACGAUUUGAUGUCGCAUAUUACCCAGUUAUGGGCUGUAAUUUGAAGAUGAUCAGAUACGAGUACCCGCACAUACACGAUUGGCUGAGGAAUCUCUAUUGGGACGAGGGAGAGAAGACCAAUGGUGGCGCGUUCAAGAAGACCUCGCAUUUUGAAUUCUAUAAAGCAGGCUAUGCUGCCGCGAAGGGUGUGAACAUCAUUCCGGUUGGGCCAAUUCCAUAUAUUCUUCCUCUGUCAGCCUAGAGCAGGGAAUCAUCCCCGGUGCCGCUAUUGCUAUUCUGCAAACUUACUUCGUGAAGACUUAGUUUCUGUUACGAUCUGAGUUGAAGGGUUCCUUAGGCUCGCGCUACACUAUACAGCGGACAAAAAUAUGAGUGCCACGCAAUGAAAUAAUACAUCGGC